GGCUCGUAUUGGACAAUAGAUACAUGUCCAGAUAUAUCUCGCAAGAGGCGGCACCCUCCAGAUGAUGACAUACCACAAGACUCCCCAGAGCAAGAGGCAAGUAAAAGCCCUCGAGGAUCUGUUCCAGUCAGCACAGAAGCCUCUUUGCCACCUGAGGCCACCCCUCAGCUGUCGCUCCAGAGUACCACCCCCAUUGCCAACUACAGUCAGCAGGGUGCAGGGCCUGUGGAUGCUGCCUCUACUGUAGCAGGGGGACAGGGCCGCGAAGGGGCCGAUGUGCCGCCUCCGCUGUACAGUGCCAACCACGACUUCAAGUUCUCCUACUCUGAGAUCAACUUCCAGGAUCUUAGCUGGUCCUUCAGAAAUCUCUACAAAUCCAUGCUGGAGAAAUCAUCUUCCUCUCAGCACGGUUUCUCUUCUCUCCUUGGCGAUAUGCAGCCGUCCAACCACAACUACUACAUGUACCAGCAACAGCAAGGCCCUUCGUCAGUGGGUGCUGCUCCCCCACUGCACACUCCAACCCCCGAGGGGUGCCCAUCCCAAGGGGGAAAGCAGCAGGGUGGUGAGGGUUACGGCCCUCCACCGGUGAUGUCCAUGCACCCCCCCCCAAUGCAGCAUGGGGGCUACCACCAGCACCAGCAGCAUCACCCGCAUUCCCACCCCCAGCAGCAGCCACAUCAGCACCAGCAGCAGCAGUCACAGGCUUCACUCAACAGUGCUGGCUUCGCAUUUCCCCCUGAUUGGUGCUCCAACAUCGAUUCCCUGAAGGAAAGCUUCAAGAUGGUGAACCGGCUGAACUGGUCUAGCAUCGAGCACUCCCAGUUCUCAGGUCAGUGUUGGCCUAGUGACUGGGGCUGUCGUCUGGAAACUCUGG